AUCUCCCCGGUGGUGGCUCCCGGGCGGGGCUGCGGGGUGCGCGGGGCCUGAGCGGCGCGGGAGCGCGCCCCCGGCACCAUGUUCGGCUCGUCCCGAGGCGGGGUGCGAGGGGGCCAGGACCAGUUCAGCUGGGAGGAUGUCAAGACGGACAAACAGAGGGAAAACUACCUGGGUGAGUUCCCCCGCACCGCCUGGGGUUGGGGGGCUGGCGGGUCGGGGGGAGGAAAGGGGGGCGAACGCCUCGUGCCCCCCCCCCCUCCCCCCGCUCCGAUUUGUGUCCCUGCAGGAAACUCCCUGAUGGCCCCGGUGGGCCGGUGGCAGAAGGGCAAGGACCUGACGUGGUACGCCAAGAGCAAGAAGGAGGCCACCCCGCUGUCCCGCGAGGAGGAGCUGGCCGCCGUCCGCCUGGCCGAGCAGGAGGCCAUGAUGGCAGCCCUGGGCUACAAGAACGUGAAGAGGCAACCCACGGGGCUCAGCAAGGAGGACCUGGCCGAGGUGUGCAAGCGGGACGGCGCGGAGCGAGCUGAGAAAGACGUGGACCGGGUGGUGGGCUUGGGCAGCUCCAGCGGCAGCGCCGGCCGGGUGAUGCUCUCCAAGGAGGACAAGGAGGCGGCCAAGAUGGGGCUCUCCGUCUUCACGCACCAGAAGGUCCCCGGCAGUCCCGAGGCGUCCGGCUCCAAGAGGAAACAGGACAAGGAGGAGAAGGCGGAGGAGAAGCGGACGGAGAGCGGCAAGAAAGCCAAAAAGGAGAAGAAGAAAAGGAAAAAGAAAAAACACAAGAAGGAGAAGAAAAAGGACAAACAUCACAAGCGGGCGGCCUCCCCCUCCUCCUCAGCCUCCUCUCCGGACCGGGACGAGAGGCACCACCGGAGGAAAGCCCAGGACCGCCCCGAGGCUUCACGGCACCGGCACCGCCACGACACCACGGACUCCUCCUCCUCCUCCUCCUCCGGCAGCGAGGAAGGCUCGGGCAGGAGCCCCUUGCGCCGCCCGGCCCGCAGGAGGGCGCGGAGCCGGAGCGGGGACGGCCACCGGCCCCCGUCCCCGCGCCACAAGGGCAGGAAGAGGAGCAGGAGCCGCUCUCCCCGCUCUCGCGGCGGGGCCAGGCAGCGCCGCGACACCGAGUCGGGUGACUGAGGGGCUUUGCUGGGGAGAGAUGCCAGAGGUUUUAUAUUUUUGGUUAUUCUUUAAAUUAAAGUCACAGCUCCGCUGGCGCCGUCCGGCUGGGGCGGGCUGGCCUCGGCGCAGCCCGGACUAAGCGCUGGCGAAGCGGCUGGAGGGGA